AUCGGUCCUUGCAUGGUUCGAUUCUGGUUCCAGACGAUCUCCAAGUGGUCUGACCCGGCCCAGGAAUCACCGCGCACAGCCAUGUUAGCAGGUUAGCAGGUUAGCAGGCUAGCAGGCUAGCCGGCUAGCCAGUGAGCCCCAGGGGUAAUGGUGCUUGGCCAGGUACAAGGAAAGAAAGGAGCACACGACGUGAACCUUCUUCCGCACUUCUCUCUCCUGCCUCCUUUCCCCCUUUCCCUUCUCUUAUCGCUCGCUGUCUGGCCUUCCAACUUCCAAGAUGGCGUUCCUCGCUGUCGCAAGCACCUACGCAUUCACUGCGGUUGUCGUCGCGAUCGUCCUGAACGUUGCGCGCCAAUUCCUCUUCCGCAACAAGAAAGAACCCCCCGUGGUCUUCCACUGGGUCCCCUUUCUGGGCAGCACCAUCAGCUACGGGAUUGACCCCUACGCCUUCUUUAAUUCCUGCAGAGAGAAGUACGGCGACAUCUUCACCUUCGUGCUCCUGGGCCAAAAGACCACCGUGUACCUGGGCGUCCAGGGCAACGACUUCAUCCUCAAUGGCAAACUCAAGGACGUUAACGCGGAGGAGGUCUACGGCCCCCUCACCAUUCCCGUGUUCGGAUCCGAUGUCGUCUACGACUGCCCCAACUCCAAACUGAUGGAGCAGAAGAAGUUCAUCAAGUUCGGCCUCACGCAAGCGGCGCUCGAGUCGCACGUCCAGCUCAUCGAAAAGGAAACCCUCGACUACCUCGAGACCUCCCCGCGGUUCAACGGCCCCUCGGGCCGGAUCGAUGUCACUGCCGCCAUGGCCGAGAUCACCAUCUACACCGCUGCACGCGCGCUGCAGGGCGAGGAGGUCCGCAAGAAGCUGACGGCCGAGUUCGCGGAUCUGUACCAUGACCUGGACAAGGGGUUCAGCCCGAUCAACUUCAUGCUGCCCUGGGCCCCGUUGCCGCACAACCGGAAGCGCGAUGCCGCACACGCUCAGAUGAGGAAGGUCUACACGGACAUCAUUGAGGAACGGCGCAAGAACCCCGACGAGGAGAAGUCGGAUAUGAUCUGGAACCUGAUGCACUGCUCGUACAAGAAUGGACAACCGGUCCCGGACAAGGAGAUUGCCCACAUGAUGAUCACGCUCUUGAUGGCUGGACAGCACUCGUCGUCGUCGAUUAGUUCCUGGAUCAUGCUGCGCUUGGCCUCGGAGCCUCAGGUGCUCGAGGAGCUCUACCAGGAACAGCUGGCCAAUCUCAGUAACCAAAACGGCGUCUUCCAGCCCCUGCAGUACUCCGACCUCGACAAGCUCCCCUUCCAACAGAGUGUCAUCAAGGAGACUCUGCGCAUGCACUCAUCCAUCCACUCCAUCAUGCGCAAGGUCAAGAACCCGCUCCCCGUGCCUGGCACCUCAUACAUCGUCCCCGAGAACUAUGUACUGCUCGCCUCCCCCGGCGUGACCGCCCUCAGCGACGAGUACUUCCCGAACGCCAGCCGGUGGGAUCCCCAUCGCUGGGAGAACCAGCCCGACAAGGAAGAGGAGGAGGGCGAGAUGGUCGACUACGGUUACGGCACGGUCUCCAAGGGCACCGCCAGUCCCUACCUGCCCUUUGGUGCUGGUCGCCACCGCUGCAUUGGGGAGAAGUUCGCCUACGUGAACCUCGGGGUUAUCAUCGCGACGAUGGUGCGCCACGUCAAGCUCUUCAACGUGGAUGGCAAGAAGGGCGUGCCGGGAACAGACUACUCGACUCUCUUCUCCGGCCCUAUGAAGCCCGCCGUCAUCGGCUGGGAGCGCCGCUCGUCGAGUUCCAAGGGAUCUCUGUGAAGCUGAAGCAGGCCUGCCCGAUCGAAGGUCUCCUCCACCUUGAGGCUUUUCAUCACCUACAUCCUUUGUAAUGAGCACUAUGUAUAAUAAGACCUUUCACUCAACAGCCAAUAGGACAUGACCUUACCCAGAGCCUUGUACCGGAUGUGAUCGUAGGAAAGCUGUUGUUGGACCCCGUUAUUUGCGCCGUUUCUAUAUCUACAUGUUCGCGAUUCUUUUGCUAGACUGUUGAAUGAUUCCGACUCAGUUAAUUUGAGUCAGUUUCUCAUCAACCAGAGAACCAUAUAUAUCCCUGAUCAUUAAAUAAAAACCUAAUUCCUAAGUCCGG